CCGAGGACGACGCCGCACGCGGCGCAGAAACCACCGCAUCCACAACGCACACGAUGGAGCGAGCGACGCGAUACGUGCAGGCGGCGCUGGUAGCGUGCGUGGUGCUGCUGCUGGUGGCGGCGGUGGAAGCGGCGCCCAAGAGGGCGCUAUGGCCCGCCAGCGUGCCCUACAGCCCCACGGACAACGGCUGCAACGGGAAGCCCAAUGUGGAGCGGUUAUGCCAGCUCUGUGCAGCCUCGACCAAGUCCCCCAUGGUGUAUCCAAUGUGCUGCAAUGACAUGGAGGAUGUGCAGGUGUGGUGCAUCCGGUAUCUCAGUUUUGGCAUCCAGUGAAGAGUACCUCAUUAGUCUUCUGAUCCACCAGUGCCACUAAAUUAUUUUGGACAAUGCACUCACAAACAUUGACAGCAAAGACAAUGGUCGAUUAGAUCUAUAAUACUAAGUGCUGCCAUCAGUUACAGUUUUCAGUGGGUUUUUUGAAGACUGUAAUACAAACUAUCAUAUUAGGUACUGGAGGCUUUUGUAAGGCAAAUUAAUAUUACAACAAACUGUAGUUUUAAUACAGUUGAAGAAGAAACAGAACACAAGACUUGAGGGAAAGUGCUAUUCAUGCAUUAUUUUUAAUUCUGAGGUACUUAAAACCAUAAAGGCUGUGAAUUUGAUACUCCCACUUUAUUUAUUUUGUCCCUGUAUCUAUUUAUACUCUCCAAGUUUUGCAAUGAAAUUGCUCCAUGAAUGCGCAAAAUAUUUGAUAAGCUAUUAAAAUAUUUAUUUUAAAAAGAAAGCCAUUGUCUGUCACUAAAAAAAUGUACUUUCCAUGAAAGAAUGCUAUAGUACACAAAUUAUAUGAAAAUAUGUAGUGACAAUUAUUUAUGAAGCCUUUGUAGAGGAGUUACAUGCUACAAAAGCACAAGCAUGAAAAAGAAUUAUGACUUACUUGUUCAAUUAAAUGCUGUUUGCAAAAUGUAAUAUGUAUUGCCAAUAUAGAUUAUUUACUGGCAAAUGAUGUUUUCAAAAUCAUAAAUAAUACAAAAAUAUUUAUAUUAGGUAUCAUGUUAUAAUGUUAUUUAUUUAUAUUUUUAUAUUAUUUAUAUGAAAACAA